UUCAUCCAAUAAAAACAAAAUACAAUGGUCCAUCUUAUAACCACUCUACUGAUUCUCUUGUUCAUCUCAUCGGCCUACGCCCAAGCACCGCCACCACAACCACCGUUAUCAGGCCCAGCCCAAGAAUACUUAGAUGCACACAACCAAGCCCGGGCCCAAGUUGGGGUGGGCCCACUCAAGUGGAGCCCAAUUCUGGAAAACGCGACGGCCCGUUUAGUGAUGUACCAAAGGAUCAAGUUCAACUGCCAAUUUGCGGACCUUAGCAAGAGCAAGAUCAAGUACGGGGCGAAUCAGCUGUGGGCCCAAGGUUCUUCGGUUAGGCCCAAAACAGCGGUGGACGCGUGGGUGGCGGAGAAGAAGUAUUAUAACCACGAGAAGAACUCGUGCGAGGAGAACCGACAGUGUGGGGUGUACACGCAAGUGGUUUGGAAAAAGUCUGUGGAAUUGGGGUGUUCACAAACUAGUUGUGUUAAAAAUGGGACGAGUUUGAUUGUUUGCUUUUAUAAUCCGCCUGGAAAUGUGAUGGGUGAAAGCCCGUAUUAAGCUUAGCUAAUACAGUACUGCACUAAUUAAUGUAUGUAAUUGAUGUUUUAGUGAUAAUAAUGUACUCAUAUUCCAUUUCUACUUUCUAGUAUUAAAUGGGUGUUUAUGUUGAUUUGUCUUUCAAUUUCAUCAAAUCGAGAGUAGUUUUAAUUUUGA